AUGACUGAGCCCGUUGGAGAUUUCGGCCUCAUCGGCUUGGCCGUCAUGGGCCAAAACUUGAUCCUCAACGCUGCUGAUCAUGGUUUCACGGUAUGGAGCCUCCUCCAUGCAGGUAGCGUUGCCAAGGUUGACCGAUUCUUAAACGACGAGGCCAAGGGCAAGUCCAUUGUUGGCGCCCACUCCAUGGAGGAGUUCGUCAGCAAGCUCAAGAAGCCCCGCCGCAUGAUGCUUCUCGUCAUGGCCGGCAAGCCCGUUGACGACUUCAUCGAGCUCAUCCUCCAGGCUGGUGCUGAGGAGGGUGACAUCAUCAUCGACGGCGGUAACUCCCACUACCCCGACACGAACCGCCGCACAAACUACCUCAAGUCAAAGGGCAUCCGAUUCGUCGGAUCUGGUGUCUCUGGAGGAGAGGAGGGUGCCCGUUACGGCCCUAGCAUCAUGCCCGGUGGUAACGAGGAGGCGUGGCCAUACAUCAAGGACGUUCUCCAGUCGAUUUCUGCAAAGUCUGACGGUGAGGCCUGCUGCCAAUGGGUUGGUGACGAGGGUGCCGGUCACUACGUCAAGAUGGUCCACAACGGUAUUGAGUACGGUGACAUGCAAUUGAUCUGCGAAGCCUACGACAUCAUGAAACGCGGUCUUGGCAUGAAGAACAAGGAGAUUGGCGAUGUUUUCACACAAUGGAACAAGGGCGUUCUCGACUCUUUCCUGAUCGAAAUCACCCGAGACAUCAUGUACAAGAACGACGACGACGGUGUUGCCAUCGUUGAGAAGAUUCUUGACUCUGCCGGCCAGAAGGGUACCGGAAAGUGGACCGCCAUCAACGCACUCGACCUCGGUAUGCCCGUUACUCUGAUCGGAGAGGCCGUCUUCGCUCGUUGCCUAAGUUCGCUCAAGCAGGAGCGUGGCCGUGCUGCUGGUCUUUUGGACGGACCCACUCCCAGCUUCUCCGGCGACCGCCAGGCUUUCAUCGACAACCUCGAGCAGGCCCUUUACGCAUCCAAGAUCAUCUCAUACGCCCAGGGCUUCAUGCUGAUCCAGAACGCUGCCAAGGAGUACAAGUGGAAGCUUAACAAGCCAGAGAUUGCCCUCAUGUGGCGUGGUGGCUGCAUUAUCCGCUCCGUUUUCUUAAAGGAGAUCACCAGCGCGUACCGCAAGAACCCUGAGCUCGAGAACUUGCUUUUCGACGAAUUUUUCAGCAAGGCUAUCCACAAGGCUCAGUCCGGAUGGAGAGAUGUCGUUUCCAAGGGUGCUCUCUGGGGUAUUCCCACUCCCGCUUUCAGCACUGCUUUGAGCUUCUACGACGGUUACCGCGCCAAGGACCUCCCCGCCAACCUGUUGCAAGCGCAGCGUGACUACUUUGGUGCGCACACUUUCAGGAUCAAGCCCGAGUACGCCAACGCUACAUACAAGGAGGGCCAGGACAUUCACGUCAACUGGACCGGAAGGGGUGGAAACAUCUCUGCUUCAACCUACAACGCUUAAAAGCUGGAUAUCAAUCGCUGUUAGAAGGGAGCUCACCGCUAACCCGGGUUUGCGGAUGAAAAACAAAGAAUCUGAGGAUUGAAAUACCUCUAAUCUAGAAUGAACAACUAUUCGCA